GAUGAUGACUUUUGCGUUUUUUUCUGGUUGAACUUUGCCGUCGUGUCGCUUUCUUCGGGGAUAUUGCUUACAAUAAGCAGGUUUUUGGGCUAUAAUUUGUGAUCGGCGGACGCACUAGGAAUUAAUCAUGGGUCUGCUGUACGCGCUGCGCGUGAGGAUCAUGAACUUCAUGAUUUUCUUCCUCAUCAUCAUCCUAAUCCCCGGCCUGCCGCCGCGCACCAUUCCAUUCAAGGAAUAUGUUGUGACCCCGCCCAAGGACCUGAAGGGCGCCCUGGAGCAGAACUUUCACCUGGACGGCGCCGAGCGACUGUGGAGGGGGUGUCUACGGCCCGAGUGCCUGAUAGCCCGCAACAACGAGAUCUACACCGGCAUCCAUGGCGGUGAGGUCAUCAAGCUAACCGCCAGCCAUGUCACGCAUGUCACCAAGAUCGGCCAGCCCUGCGAGGACAUCUAUGAGGAGUCCCGGUGCGGUCGUCCUUUGGGACUGGCCUUUGAUACGCAGGGCAACAACCUCAUCAUCGCCGACGCCUACUACGGCCUCUGGCAGGUGGAUCUGGGCACCAACAAGAAGACCCUGCUGGUCUCUCCCGCCCAGGAGCUCGCCGGAAAGUCCAUCAACCGUCCCGCCAAGAUUUUCAACGGCCUCACGGUCAGCAAACAGGGCGACAUCUACUGGACGGACUCCUCGUCGGACUUCACCAUCGAAGAUCUCGUCUUUGCCAGCUUUGCUAACCCCUCGGGCCGUCUCUUCAAAUACGACCGCACGAAGAAUGUGAGCGACGUGCUGCUCGACGAACUGGUCUUUGCCAACGGCCUGGCUAGCCCCAACGAGGACUUUAUCGUGGUUGCCGAGACGGGAGCCCUGCUGACCAAGUAUCACCUGAAGGGAGUGAAGGCCGGCCAGAGCGAGGUGUUCGUUGAUGGACUGCCCGGUUUGCCAGACAACCUGACGCCCGACGCCGAGGGCAUCUGGGUGCCGCUGGUCGUAAGCUCCGACAGCGAACAUCCCAAUGGUUUCACCCUGUUCACACGCUUCCCCAGCGUGCGUCUGUUCCUGGCACGCGUGCUGGCCCUGUUCGAGCUGCCCUUCCGCUACCUGAACAGCGUCUACCCGAACAAGUUCUCGCAGCGAUUCGUCCAUUUCGUAGGUCACAUGGAGAGCAUCAGUGUGCUGGCGCCCAAGCGCACUACGGUGGUGCGCGUGGACUGGAACGGCAACAUUGUUGGCUCCCUGCACGGCUUUGACAAGUCGCCUCUUCAGUUUCGCACGUCUGGAGUUCCAGGACUUCCUUUCCUGGGCUCGCCCACCAAUCAGUACCUGGCACGCGUGAAGUCGCCAAAGGCCAAGCAGCCCACGCUCAAGGUGCGCAAUGUUCGCGUCGAAGGCGAUGGUAUGGAGGCGUCUAUCGGUGUGCCACCCAGCACAACCACUCCUAAGCCCAAGGCGGCGCCCACCAACACGCCAAAACCCACGACGACAACGACCACACCAAAACCCACUACAACGACGACUACAAAGAAACCAACAACCACCACCACCACCACUACAACCACCACAACCACUCCUAAGCCAACCACCACGAAGCCGCCGACAACUAAGCCACCUACGACUACUCCUAAGCCAGCAACUACGACAACUCCCAAGCCAGAAACGACUACAACUCCCAAGCCAUCAAAACCGACCACCAAGCGCAUAGUGCCAGAGAAACCCGCGCCCGUCGAGGAGGAGAUUCCCUCGGACACCAAGCCCCCGAAGAAGGAGAAGCUCAAGGUCAUCAACAAGCAGGGCGUCAACGUGGAGUUCUAAGAUCGCAGCUACAGCAGUAAACCUCCUGAGUUUAUCGGGGAUAUUCCCAGACCGAGAUUAGUUUCUUCACGUAGUCAAAACCCAUUCUGUUUAUUAUCUUUACCCUCCAGCAUCUCAACUAUUAUUGGGGAAUAUCCAGAACUUUUUUUAUUUAUCAUGCCCCCAAACUCAGGCUAAAAAAGGCCAGUUAAUUUUAGUCGAAAUGUAGCUAAAUUCUGACUAGCCGGGGAUGCCUAGCUCAGAUGAUCCUCUAAGGGCAGCGCUUUAUAUGUUUAGAUUUUGCAUAUAAUUCGGUUUUGCUUAAUCACUAUAACAUUCCAUUUCCUUUCCCAACCGGAAGUGCAUUCCAUCUAGCUAAGUUUAAAGUAAACAAUGCCACUAAAUUGUUGAACGCGAGCAACUUUUGAUUUUGUACUGAUUUUUUCUUAUUUUCAUUAAAAAUAAAGGUAUUUUGUAAAAAUA